GUCUGAUGUAGAAUGCUUGUUUUUAAGAUAAUAACGGUCGGGUCCGGUCACCUAGUAAACGGAGAUGGCGGUGCAACUAAUCUCACAAGCAGUGUCGAUUCGAGGGCCAAUAAUUCUUUUUAUUGCAGCUAUCGCUGUAAGUGCACAAUACACAGGUAUAAACCACAAGUGUAACUCUCUAGAGGUCCCGGUCCUCGACGGUAUACCUCGCACGGAUUUAUUCUGCAAGCCAGAGCUUGCAAGUUUUGCCGAGCUAUACAAACGACGCUACUGCCUAUGCAAGGCGGGAUACAUUCGCAACGCUUGGGGCCAGUGCAUCAGGUUGGAAGAGUGCUACGGCUGCCACUUCACUGCCAACGCUGAUUUCAGCCCCUGUUCCUCGGCCUGCCCACAUAUAUGUGGCCUGCCAACGCCUGCGAAUUGUACCAAGCAGUGCGUGAGUGGCUGCGCAUGCGCUCCGGGUUUCGUUAGGACUUUCCCGAACGGACCGUGCAUAAGCCUGACUCUAUGUAUGCAAAGCUGCCUCGGUCCUCAUCAGAUGUACACGACAUGCUCGCCGCUAUGUCCGCUGACUUGCGAGAACCCUGAUCCGAGGUGGUGUCCACCAGCCUGCGGUGGUUAUCGCUGCGUAUGCCAACCUGGCUACGUCGCGUUAACCCACGUCCCCCUGGUCUGCAUUCCACCAGACCAGUGCCCCGACCACAACGUAACCUGCUCGGGACCGCAUCAAAGGUACACGACUUGCAAGUCACGCUGCCCCGUCACUUGUUUCGACAACCGCCGACGUCCCUGCACGACACAGUGCGGGGGACAAGGCUGCGUCUGCAGGAAAGGCUACGUACAGCUGCAAGCGGAUCCGCUCGUCUGCGUACGACGACAGGAAUGCCCACCCAGGCCAAGAUGUCCCAGUCAUGGUCAGGCUUACACGACCUGCCUAUCUCGCUGCCCAGAAACUUGCUCCGAUGCUAAACCUCGACUCUGCCCUGCUGUCUGUGCGGGCGAAGGAUGUGCCUGUGAUAAAGGCUUCGUCCAAUUACAAGCCGACCCGCUAAUUUGUGUCCGCAAGAAGGAAUGCCCGUCACAUCCGAGGCAGUGUCUGGGUGCGAACCAGGUCUUCACGGACUGCAAAUCCCGUUGUCCGGCAACUUGCUCCGAGAGUGAGCCUCGCGUCUGUCCAGCGGGCUGUGCUGGCCAUGGUUGUGUCUGCAAGAAAGGUUACGUGCAGCUGCGAGCGUUGCCACUUAUUUGCGUUCGCCGAAAAUAUUGCCCGACAAUGCCCAAGGUGUGCCCAGCUUCCAACCAAGAGUACACGUCUUGCAAGUCAACCUGUCCGCUUACGUGCACCCAGAAAUUACCUCGCAUGUGUACUUCUAAGUGUGCUGGAGAAGGCUGCGUCUGCAAGCAAGGCUACGUCCAGUUGCGUGAGGAACCUCUACUUUGCGUUCCGCCGGAUGAAUGUCCUUCCAAACAAGGAGUGUUUUAAAGGCGUAACAAUCCCGCCGAAAUAAAUUUUUGUUCCUACCUUU